GGGAAGUGUAACCAAACUGACUAUGACUUCUUCCAUGUACGUGCACAUAAUCCUUUGCUAUGUUUACAUGCUAAGAAUCUGCCUUUCUUAUGAAGGAGAAGCUGGAGUGCCUGGAGUUUUGCUCUGAAUCCACUUCUGCAGUACAUUAUACAACCAAAUUGUGCUGUCAGAAUAUUUCAAAGUAGACAAUGAAGAUAUGGAGGACUACCUCUCCUGUCCUGACCGGCACAUAAAAAUGUGGAAGUACCCAUUCCUAUGUGAUUUGGUAUUCUUCAACUACAGGUUUUUCAAAGAAAUCAAAGAUGUAGUGAGAAAAUUUGAAGAUAAAUUAAAAAUAAUCCCAACUACCUUAAGGAUUUUCUUCUGUUUAUAUAACGUAGGAUACAUUUUUAGAGCCAAAGGUGCGAAGGAUGUAGAAAUGGCUAUUGUCUUCAAUUAUGUAUACUUCAUUGUGAGCUUCCUCAAGUCAAUAAGCUUCCUCAAAUAUUUUAUUUUUGGAAUUUGGAUUUUAAUAACCCUUCCUUUCCUUAUUGCCCUUGCUUAUGUUGAAGCGGCCUUUUCAAAAUGAAAGAGAAGAGAAAGAGUGCAGGCUGAGCGUCCUCCGCUGUUUCAUGUGCAAGGAAUCAAUGACAACCAACACCAUCCUGGACAGUUCCUAAUGAAUAGGAAUCCGUUUCAGAAUCAGCCAGAUAUUUUUGCUGUUCCAGUACUAGGAGCACAAAGACACCCAAUUCAACCUCAGAACAACCGACCAGCUCCACCUCUUAUUCAGAAUCACCCCAGAAAUAAUGAUUGGGAAAUGGAUAAUUUUCUAAGGAGAAUGCAAAGUUUUGCAAGUGAAUUAGACCAUCCUGAAAGAAUGAACUCCAUUAACUUAGUAAAGUUAAUGUUAGACAGUUGGAGGAAAAAAUUUACAAAAUCCGAUAAGAACAACACCCCAAGCUGCUGCGUUUGCUUAGAUGACUUUGAAAUAGGAGAAGAUGUGAUCGAACUUCACUGAAAUUCAGGCCAAAACGGCCAUAUUUUCCAUGUCCAUUGCAUAGACAAUUGGUCGAAGAAAGAGAAGACAUGCCCUCUCUGCAGAACAAAUUUUGUUGAUCUCAUCAAACAAGAGAAACGUGAUGGAACGCUUAAUAAAAGAGUUGAUCAAGAAGAUCAGAAAAGUGAGAACGAAGAAGUAAAAGAGUUCAUCAGGUUUAACAGCAUUCCGAUGAGAGGCCCUGAGCUCGGAGUAGAAUCAGUCCUCAACAGAGAAGAUCGUAAAGAAGAGUCUGUGAUUGAUGAAGUUCUGGAUAGUGAGUAUUUAGAGUCUUCAGCAAGUAGAAUUAGCCUUGAACCUGCUGAAAUUGGACAAAAUCAUUGGAUGAAUCCAGAAGUAAAUGAAUUAAGUGAUGACUUUUUACCUGUAAUACCUCUGCCUGAUAACUCAGGAAGACGAGAGAUUCUAAGCGCGAAUUUCUCGAACAGAGAAGGAUCCAGACCAAUCUCUUCAAUGAUCAGACCAUCUAGUAGAUAAAGCACAAGCACGCUGUGGAAAUUUUUAAAGAAGAAGUAUUAAAU